UACUGAUUCGUCAACAAAUAAAAUGUGCAUUAAAAGUAACACAAAUAUGCAUUUACAAACAUCAAGAAAUGCUUACCAAGAUAUAUUAUUAUGUAGGUGAUGAUUCUUUGCAAAUUAAAUCGAUUUAUAUUUACUUCCUUAAGUGCUAUUUGGUUUGAAUGUAAAUGUUGGUUUAUGAGUCUAGUUUAUGAUUCGCGUAGAAACAGUUUAGAGGAGAAUCGUUCAGUGUCGGGAAUAGACGUUCCUUUGCAAGUUUCUCUAGUGGAAAGUGCAAAGGUCUUGUCCGUCUAGCCUGCUUAAACCAUAAUCGAACCAUGGAUGCUGCAGGGAGCUUCAAGAUCAUACAGGUGCUACAAGGGGCCUUUAGGAUACUGGCAUACUUGCACCUCACCAAAUACCUGUGGCCACAUCAAGCUCAUGUGUAUGAUGGCCAAAGUUUCGAUUUCAUCGUUGUCGGCGCGGGAACGGCUGGAAGUUUGAUAGCCAAUAGAUUGUCAGAAAUUGAGCACGUCAACGUAUUGCUCAUUGAGGCUGGUGGCGAUCCGCCUUUCGAAUCUGAUCUUCCCGGUUUACCACUGUUGAUGAAGAGGUCUCGCUAUGACUGGAACUACACUGCCGAGUAUGAUGCCUACAAGGACGUUUGUCAUCUACAACCUUACUACGAAUUCACUCUUGGAAAAAUGCUCGGUGGAACCAGCUCUCUUAACUACAUGAUAUACCACAGAGGUCAACCAAGUGACUUCGACUCCUGGGCUGAUAUCGCCAAAGAUGAGUCAUGGAAAUGGCAGAAUGUACUACCAUAUUUCUUGAAAACUGGAAGAUUAGAAGAUCCUCAACUAUUGGCCUCGAAAGAUAAGGAAUUCUAUGGAACUAACGGCUAUAUUGGAAUAAACAGAGAUCAUCGUAAAGAGAUUGAGAAAUUCUUAGAUGCAUACAGAGAACUCGGAAACGAUAUAGUUUUAGAUUUCAACGAACAUCAUCCUUUGGGCUAUUCUGCACAGACCGUGACUAUAUCUGGAAAGUCUCGACAGAGCUCCGCAUACGCAUUUUUAUCAUCAGUUAAGGAUCGUAAGAACCUCCAUGUUUUGAAGAAUACAUUGGCCACCAAAAUCUUAUUUGACGAAAACAAAAAGGCUGUUGGAGUAGAAGUUCUAACAGAAGACGGUAAAAAGAUGAAUUUGAAAGCCAAGAAGGAGGUGGUUGUGUCUGCUGGAACAUUCAAUUCCCCUAAACUAUUGAUGUUGUCUGGCGUUGGACCCGAGGAGCACUUGAAGAGCAAAAACAUUGAAGUGGUUUCAAACUUGCCAGUAGGAGAAAAUCUGCAGGAACACAUUAGUGUCGUUAUCAUUCACAACUUGGACAAAUUGACCGAGCCUUUCCCACAACCAAGUCCUUAUGAGUUACCUGGUUCUUCAUUCACUGGUUUUGUUGCUCUAGACAAAUCGUCCAACUACCCUGAUUACCAAGUAAUUACAUACUUAGGUUCCGCGGAGGUUAUGUUGUACUAUUGCACAUUUGCUUUCAGAUUCAGUGAUGAAAUUUGUGAUAGGAUGUACAAACAAGGUGUAGAUCGUCUUCAAGCUUUCAAUGAGAUAUUGAACAUAGCGCCGAAGUCAAGAGGCAAGGUAUUGUUGAAAAGUACUAAUCCGGAAGACGCUCCUCUUGUUUACAAUGGCUUCUUUUCGAACAAAGACGACGUUGAGGCUCUAGUUGAUUACAUUUUUGAUUAUCUUCCAAUCAUGAACACCACUUAUUAUAGGGAAGUUGAUGCCGUAAUGUCAGAUGCGGACCCCGCUUGUGAUGAGUUUGGCAAAGAUACUCGAGAGUAUUGGCGCUGUUACGUGAUGUGUGUGUCUUCUGGAUUGAGUCACAUGACCAGUACAUGCCCCAUGGGUACCGUGGUCGACGGCAAAUUACAAGUUCACGGCGUGAAAGGACUGCGUGUAGCUGAUGCUAGUGUUAUGCCUACAAUCACUCGAGGAAACCCCAUGGGCACAGUCUACAUGAUUGCAGAAAAGGUAGCCGAUAGCAUCAAGAAAGAUCAUAAUCUGAUUUAAAUUUCCCAGUUGUAUUAACGAGUACAUACAUAUUCGGUAUUUUUGUUAUGGUAUUUUAACAUAAUUUUUGUUUUUCUUUGAAGUAUUAAGCUUACAAAAA